AUGAACAAAAUGAGUGAAUGCUGAAGCAUAGAUGCGCACAGAAAAGGAAUCCAAUAGCAUCUCCAUGACAGCAGGAAACAGCUGAUUUUACAAAGAGAACAGAUGAAAAUUGAUUGAAAGGAGAUUUCAGCAUGAAUUACUACACAUUGCUAUCUCUUGUGCUGACGCUGGUUCAGAUUUGGCCUUGUGCUCCAAGCAUGCAGAAGCAAAGUACUAAAAACACAGAUCAGUUUUUUACAACAGUUCGAAGAGUGAAACGUGGCUGGAUGUGGGAGCCACUUUUUGCAACUGAGGAACAGACCCCUACUCCACGUUUGUAUGUUGGACAGCUGAAAUCUGAUUUAGACAAGCAGGAUGGCAACCUACAAUACGUUUUGACUGGGGAGGGAGCUGGAAGCAUUUUUACCAUUGAUGAAUAUGAUGGCAAAAUUUAUGUGAUACAGAAACUGGAUCGAGAAAAGAAACCUUUCUACACUCUAAGAGCACAAGCAAUUAACAGAAACACUCACCUUCCUGUUGAACCUGAAUCAGAAUUUAUCAUCAAGGUUCGAGAUGUCAAUGAUCAUGAACCACAGUUCUUGGAUGGACCAUAUGUGGCUACCAUUCCAGAAAUGUCCCCUGAAGGUACAUCUGUUACACAGGUAACAGCUACAGACGGUGAUGAUCCUUCCUAUGGGAAUAGUGCACGUCUGCUUUACAGUCUCAUUCAGGGACAGCCUUAUUUCUCUGUGGAGCCAAAGACAGGGGUUAUCAGAAUGUCUUCCCAAAUGGAUAGAGAGACAAAGGAGCAGUACUUGGUCAUCAUCCAAGCCAAAGAUAUGGUUGGACAAGCAGGGGCUUUUUCAGCAACAGCUACUGUUACCAUUAACCUCUCUGACAUCAAUGACAAUGCACCUAAAUUUCAACAGCGACUCUACUAUAUGAGCGUCUCUGAAGAGGCUCCUGUGGGCACUACAAUAGGCAAAGUCAUGGCAGAAGACAGCGACAUAGGGGAGAAUGCAGCCAUGAACUAUUUCAUUGAAGGAGAUAGCGCAGAUGUUUUUGACAUCAUUACUAAUAAUGAGACUCAAGAAGGAAUUGUUUUAUUAAAAAAGAGGGUGGAUUAUGAGAGCAAGAGGAGAUAUAGUGUUCGGGCAAAAGUUGUCAACAGGUAUAUUGAUGAACGUUUUCUGGAAGAUGGACCAUUUGAAGACACAACCAUUGUCAAAAUCAAUGUGGAAGAUGCUGAUGAACCUCCAGUUUUCACCUCAGAGAACUACGUGAUGGAGAUUGCUGAAGGGGCUGUGAGUGGCUCAUUGGUAGGCGUUGUAACUGCUAGAGAUCCAGACAAUGAUGACAGCCCAGUCAGGUAUUCUAUUGUCCGCGGCACGUAUUUAAAGAGAUUGUUCAGCAUCAAUGAACAUAAUGGAACAAUCACCACAACUAAACCUCUGGACCGAGAGAUAGCUGCUUGGCACAACAUAACAGUUACAGCCACGGAAACAAGAAAUCCAGAAAAAAUUUCAGAAGCAAAUGUGUACAUCCAAGUUCUUAAUGUUAACGACCAUGCACCUGAAUUCCCUAAAUACUAUGAAACAUUUGUGUGUGAAAACACAUUUUCUGGACAGCUGGCUACUUAUGCAAUUACUGUGCCAAGGAAGUGUCCUUCCUUUGAGGUUCUCCUCAUUUCCUACUUACAAGUUCCCAGUUGUUUCCCAGGUGAAUGCGGUCACGUUGGACAGCUGCCCUAA